UAAAACCAGCGCCAUGGCGUCCACCAACACCACCUCGUCGUCGUUGUCGUCGGCCCGAGAGGAGCUGCUGUCGUGCCCCGUGUGCCUGGAGCUGUUCGCGAUGCCCGUGGGGCUGGCGUGCGGACACACGUUCUGCAAGGCGUGCGUGGAGGCGCACUGGGCGAGCGGCGGGCAGUGCGAGGGGGGCGCCUUCACUUGCCCCGUGUGCUGCCGCGUCUACAGGCAGCAGCCCGAGCUGAGCAAGAACGUGCUGAUUGCGCAGCUGGUGGAGGAGUUCCACGAAGCGCAGGAGAUUGGCGAGUCCCUCGCUGUCCCCACCUCCUCCACCGCGGCGACCGCGGCCUCCCGCGACGUGCCGCGGUGCGGCGAGCACGGCAAGCCGCUCGAGUUCCACUGCCGCACGGACGGGACGCUGCUGUGCGCCGCCUGCAUGCUGCUGGGGGGCAGGCACUGGGGCCACGGAGCCGUCGCCGUCGAGAUGGAGCACCGCGCCCGGAGGGAGCAACUCGACCAUUUCAAGCAAAGGCUGCAGGAGGAAGAACGGAAAAAGACCUCCAUAAUGAGCAUCCUGGAGGGAACCAUUCACUCGGUGUUGGGAGCCGCGGAGGAGGUGAAGGCGCGACUGAUGGGCGGCUACGACGAGCUCCUGCGUUUGAUCUCCAAGGAGAAGGCGGCAGCGAUGAGAUCCGUGGACGAGGAGUGCCGGUCCCAGCUCUCUGAGAUCCACGAGCAGGUGGAGCGCUGCAGCGAGACACUGGGCAGACUGCAGGAGGCGCUGAGCGCCAUCUACAGCCUGGACGACACGCGGGAGCACGUGGCUUUCCUCGAGGGCUGCAUUCUAAACUGGGAAAGCUUCACGAGCUUGGGGAGUGAAUGCGCGGAGCUCCCACCCAGCCCGGUGCUGGGCUCUGUGACCGCGGCCCCUUUGCAGGAGCGAGUGGACGAGCUGCUCCGCUUGUUCGCCCACGGAAAACCCCAGCCUCCCACAGGAGGAGGACCUGACGCUGAAGAAUCAAUUCUGCCUCCAUUCACGGCCACGCAGGCCACCCAGGCUGACUCUGAUGACCGCGCGGAGGAAGUGAGACCUCCGCAGCCCCCGAGCAAUACCACGACGCGUACGAAAGAGACGGAAGACUGGAAUCUGUUCGGUUUCCUGCACCGCAUGUUUUUCGGACAAGCGACACCAAGCGGACCCAGCUACGCGGAGCUGGUUUGCAGCUACAGCCACACGCCGACCCUCAACCCCAACUCGGCCCACCCUCGCCUGCGCAUCUCCGGCGACCGCCUGACGGUGCGCAUCACCUGGCCUGCGCAGCAGCAUCUCGCCGACCACCCGGACCGUUUUGACGGCUGGUACCAAGCGCUGGGCUCCGAGGGCGUCUCGUCGGGGCGAGGGUACUGGGAGGUGGACGUGAGCUCUGCCGGCUGGUGCUGCGUGGGGGUGGCUUACGGGUCGAUAGCGCGCAAGGGUCACGGGGAGGAGUGCUGGCUGGGUCACAACGGCACCUCGUGGGGCCUGUACAUACGCGGGAACGAGGUGACGGCCCAGCGCAGGGGGAUGGAGUUCCCGGUGACGAGAGUAAGUGGGGGGGCGGGGGGCUCUCUCCGUAGGGUCGGGGUCUACGUGGACUUCGAUGGGGGGCUCCUGUCGUUCUACAGUGCCGGGAUGACGGAACCGCUCCACACCUUUCACCACAAAUUCACCCGUCCCCUCCUGCCGGCGUUCGGCCUCUAUGACUUGUUUGUGCUCGACGCCAACGUCGACAAUUCCCUGUCAAUCGUCGAGCUCGAGUGAAACAUUGAGCGGGGCCGUUCACCGAAGGGAAACCGACUGUCCCAGAUGUCCUAGGACACAUGGUUUGAUCUGCGGCGUACUGGAGAAUAGGUGAGAUUUGACUUAAAACCAAAGAUUGCACUAUGCAAUCCUGUGCUCAUCAGACUGUAGAAAUUAUUCGGCAAAUAUCGGCAGAGCUGUGCAGGAUGGCGGGAGGGCCUGAGACCAGCAUUGAGAGGUCCCCACGAGUCCGGCGACCGAGGGCAAGACCUACGGAGUGGACGGUGACAGGAGACUGUUGGGCUCUCGCGUGUUUCCUGUGCAGCAGCUGUACGGUCUGGCGGAGGGUGGAGAGCGGCGGCGAUGAGGAGUGCCGGUCGCCACGGUGACCCGGCAAUCCUAAAUCUUGACAAGGGACCAUUUUUUAAAUCUUGAAACACUUGUUUCUAAUGUUAGCACGCUCGGCCAAUAGUUGUCUUUCCAGUAGUGCUGGGUAGUCCACACGUAUAGGCCUUGUGUGAUCCAAGUUUAGUGUUGGCCGGCGACGCGGCCCAGCAGUUGCGCAUUCGCCGCUCAUUGCAGAGGUUCACGGUUCGAACCCAACGGCCACCCUGGUUAUGAUUGUGGCGGCGGUUAAUUAAACAUGGUAAAGCUACUCGGCGUCUGCUUCACUCGCAGUUGGCGUUAAAAAGAUUCCCUGAUGCCGUUCGCAAGCGUAGGCCAUCGUGUGCUGGCGUUACGGUCUAAAUUUUGGCUUAUUCAGAAAUGACUCAAAUGGGACUUAUACAUGGCAAACAUUGCUCCCUCACUGCCAGACUGAUAUCUGCUCUCAGGCCAGGUGCUGAGUCUCAUUGUGCCCACAGGGACAGCUGCCGCUGGGGGGAGUGUUCCCUUUCUCAAUUGUUUGAGAUGAGAUGCAAUGUAAAGUGCUCCCAGAAGCCCCAGCGUCCUGGGCGCUGUAUCAAAACCACAUUAUUGUUGACUCGUGUGUGGCCUGUUAAAGCUGGUUAAGUACCCUUCAGCCGUGUGUCUGACGGAGGGCAGCGGCAGGAGGGGGGAGGGGACACCCGAUCGGGCGAGACGCAGCGGGAGGAAUGCGGCGACACAGAGGCUCCCUGUUCUCCACACAGGUGACUCCGCGAGGAGCCAGGGUCUCGGGUUUCCCGGGCGCCCCCCCCCUCCACACGCCGCUCGGCACCAAAUCGCUGUCACCACCCACGGCCGGGCACCCCCCCCACCUCCGCCUCUGUAUCCCACUUGCCACCGAUCUUCAAGUCACCUUCGACGCAGUUAGAACUCAAACGAGCCUGGUGCGGUGCCCGUCUCCUGGCCACUGCCCUGAGCCGGUGGUGCAAUGUCCACGUGGCAGGGGCGAGGGGGUGUCCGUAGGACAAGCCACUGUCGGCUUUAUUGACCCCAUAGGGAUGAUGGGCUGAGUUGACUUUUGACCAAAGACUGCAGUGUCCAAACAACACUCACCACCCACUACACUGCAGGUCACCUCGCUUCUCUUUCUGCUUCAGCCCUCACACUGCACCACUUCGGAAUUCCCUCUCCCAUCAUCGUCAUCUCUUUUCCCAAGCUCUUGAUAACAAUCUUGCUCACUUUAAGAAGCUUGUCAAUUAUAUUUUACAUCUUUGAUACUCUUGCUCUUUGUUGCUGGCCGCUUCGCGUUUGUGGGCCUGUGCUCAACAAAUCUAAAAGAUAUAUGUUAAACAACUAAGAGUUCGGGUCAGGCCAUGGGCAUUCACAGCCGUUGUACGUGCACCACCACUCAUGUCUUUCUCAUUGUGUCCUAGGCCCAGCGCCGAGUGAUCAUGGUUUGGCAGGUCCACAAUUUCGGGCGUACAUUUUAGACACUUUUUAAAGACGUGGAUAAUCCUUUGUGUAAUCAUGGCCUUUGGACCAUGAAGUAAAACGCCCUCUCGUCCUGGGCUCCUUCAACGGAGGAGGAGGAAUAUCAAUGCGACACGACCUGUCUGGCUCCUGAAGUCCCUCUUGUGCCAGCAGACCUCCACGAUCGUGGUGGUGCAUUAAAUUUUGUGUGUCCAUCAGACAAUUGACUUAUCCAUCAAUAAGCCAUAUUUUCUAAAACAUGUAAAUAAUUGCCUUCAAAUUGUUACCUCGUGCAUUGUUGGGAUUGUUCUAAAGUGGUGCCCUAAUUUGUGUAAUUACCCAUUUGUAAACCGUAUCGGAUGGCUGACUUGCGUUGGCGAGCUGCCAUGUCAAGAAUGACCAGGGACCACCAAGCGCAUGCGUCGAGUGAAGAGCUGCCUUUGACGUGACGACUAUCCCUCUUAUUCCGCUCGUUUACCCAGGAAAGCCUCGGUGAGUCUCGAGACUUAUUUUCAGGAGGUUCCUGCCAAGCUUUCGCAGUCGUGGGCGGGGGGGGGGGGGGCGAUGCUACUGUGAAAUCCCAAUCGAGUAAAUUUCAAGUAAUUUUUCACCAUUGAGCCAAUAUCACUUUAAAUUUCAAUUUACAGCUUUCGUGACUACAGGGAUUCAUCUUCUCGGUUCUUUCGGUAAAGUCACGUAGAAGGGAAAUAAUAAAAUAAUAAAAAUUCAAUACAAUUCUACGUGACUUUACCGAAAGAACCAAGAAGACCAAUAGCACUUAGGUUGUAUUGUUUUAAUUGUGGGAAUAUCUGGAGACCCUUGCAUAACAGGGGGAGAGCUACAGACUCCAGGCAGAAAUGCGCUGGAGUCCGGGAUCGAACCCAGGCUCUUGUUACUGUGAGGCACGAGUGUUACCACUGUGCCAGCGAUACGGGUUGCACUGUGUGGGUUUCUCGCCUUGGGGAGGGACACCCAUGCAGAGCAACGCGAUGAGAACUACAAACUCCACACAGGCGCUCGAGCUUGGGUUGAUCACAAACUCUGUUUCCCUUCUGGUUCCCCAAGUAGGAACCCGCGCCCCCUCCUGAAAAAUACCUCGAGAUUUAGUGACGCUUGAGGUAAAGAUAUCAAUGGCAAAGCUUGUGUAAUGUGUUUAUUCACUCAAAUUACGAUUGCAAUAAAGUUUAAUUCACAAAA